AAGCGUCCCACUUCGAUGGUAUGCUAUAUAAAGAGCGCCAUAGAGCUCCCCUUGCUCUCAUCCAGUGCAGCAGUUCUUGAAGUAGUCUUCCCUCGCAUCUUCAACUCCCCAUCGAUCCUCCUCUUCUCUUCUAUGAGAGCAGAAGCAGCUGCAACCCCCACCUCACCCAUGGCACCGGGGUUGUUUGACAAGAAAGGGAGAGGGGAGGCACAGGUUGAGGAAAAACGGGUCUAUGAUUCAUCCGUUGAUCACAAGGGAAGGGUUCCUCUCAGGGCCUCAACUGGAGCUUGGAAAGCAGCCCUCUUCAUCAUAGCGAUAGAGUUCAGCGAGAGGCUGAGCUAUUUCGGACUGGCCACCAACCUCAUCAUAUACCUGACCAAGGUGCUCCAUCAGGACGUGAAGACGGCGGCCAAGAACGUCAACUACUGGUCGGGGGUCACCACCAUGAUGCCGCUCGUCGGAGGGUUCGUCGCCGACGCCUACCUGGGGAGGUUCUCGACCGUCCUCUGCUCCACCCUCAUCUAUCUCGGGGGUCUCAUCCUCUUGAGCAUGUGUCAACUGGUGCCGAGCCUGAAGCCCUGCGAUUCGGGCACUUGCCACAGAUCAUUACGAGUUCACGAGAUUAUCUUCUCCGUGGCCAUUUAUUUGAUCUCUAUUGGCACAGGGGGUCACAAACCCUCACUUGAGAGCUUCGGGGCAGACCAAUUCGAGGAUGACCAUGAGGAGGAGAGGAAGAAGAAGAUGUCGUACUUCAACUGGUGGAACUUUGGGCUGUGCUGUGGGGUACUGCUAGGGGUCACCGUGAUCGUAUACAUCGAGGAUAAGGUAAGCUGGGGUGUGGCUGACGUCGUGCUCACCUCGAUUAUGGGAAUCAGCCUGGUGAUAUUCUUAUUGGGGAAGCCAUUCUAUCGAUACCGGGUGCCGACAGGUAGCCCCCUGACGCCCAUGCUACAGGUUCUCGUGGCAGCCAUGGCCAAAAGACACCUUCCUUACCCUUCCGAUGCUGCACAAUUGUACGAGGCUCCCAAGUCGCAGAAGAGUGACAAGAGACUGCUUUGCCACACCGAUCAAAUCAGGUUUCUUGACAAAGCCGCCAUUAUCGAGCACAGAGAUGAUGAGGCCGCCUUCGAAGCUGAGAAACUAAACACAUGGAGGCUAGCCACAGUGACUCAAGUGGAGGAGACCAAACUAAUCCUGGCCAUGGUUCCCAUAUGGUUAGCCUCCCUGCCAUUUGGCAUCAGCAUCGCUCAAACCUCUACUUUCUUCAUCAAACAAGCUAGCAUCAUGGACCGAAAACUAGCCGGUGGCUUCGACAUCCCUCCAGCCUCUGUCUACUCCCUUGCCGCCAUCAGCAUGAUCAUCACUGUAAGCUGUUAUGACAAGAUUCUGGUACCCUUCUUAAGACGAGCCACUGGGAAUGAGAGGGGCAUAAGCAUACUCAGAAGGAUCGGAAUCGGCAUGGGGUUCUCCAUCGUGGCCAUGGCUGCCGCGGCCAUUGUGGAAAGGAAGAGGCUGAGGGUGGCCGAGGCAGAGCAAACAAGUGUGGUCUCCAUGAGCGUAUUUUGGCUGGCUCCUCAAUUCAUAAUCUUGGGCUUUGCUGAUGGGUUCACUGUUGUGGGCUUGCAAGAAUAUUUCUACGGUCAAGUGCCUGAUAGCAUGAGGAGCCUGGGGCUGGCCUUCUACUUGAGUGUGCUAGGGACAGCCAACUUUUUGAGCAGCCUCUUGAUUACUGUUGUCGACCAUUUGACCGGGGAGGGAGGGAGGGCAGGCUGGUUCUCCAAGGACCUGAACAAGAGUCGCUUGGACCUUUUCUACUGGUUGCUUGCUGCUAUAAAUGCAGUAAACCUCUGUGGGUACGUGUACCAAGCCAGCAGGUACUCGUACAAAAAUGUGCAGAGAAAGGUGGGGAUUGCCAAUUUCACUGAACAAGACAUAGAAUCUAGCUAGGACCUCUUGAUAUGCCUAUAUACGUUAGAACACCAUGAUCCAGCUAGCUAGUUGGAUAGAUAUAUAUACCCGUGGUUGUGCAAUAGUAUGUUUCUAUAUGAAGAAUGCCAUUAGCUAUGCUUUGUUGUAUCAUUAAGAAGAAUAAAAUGCAUCAUCGCCAAAUCUAAGAA